AUGUCCAUUCCUUCACUUUAUGGAAAAAUAUUUGGAGUUGGAUUAAUAACAGGUGCAUGUAUGGAAGUGUUACUCAUCAAGAGUAACUACUAUGGUAUGUUGGUUGCAUCGGAAGCCAAGGCUAGAAUGAAGGAACUACAACAAGAACAAGAAGAUCUUGAACGAUUCCAACGUCUCACUUCAAGUGGAAACCAACAAGUGAAUGAUUCUUCCACCAAACAACAACAACAACAACAACAACAACAACAACAACAAUAA